AUGGCACAUAAGAAAUCGCUCGAAGCACUUGACCGAACUCUGCGAGAUUUUCGUGGAAAAGACCAACCGAUGGGAGGCGCUCUUAUACUUCUUGCAGGUGAUUUUCGUCAAACAUUACCCGUUAUACCACGAUCAACGCCUGCAGACGUGCUGAACGCGUGCUUAAAGGCAUCGCAUCUGUGGAACUAUGUCGAAAAAAUUACGCUCACAACAAAUAUGCGAGUGCAUUUGCUGCAAGAUACGUCUGCCCAAAUAUUUUCAAAGCAACUUUUAGAUAUCGGAAACGGUGAAGUUCAUAUUGAUCGCACAACAAAUGAGAUAUCAUUUCCGUCCAACUUUUGUCAAAUGCAGCAGAGCAUUCAAGACGUCAUCGACAGAGUAUUUCCGAACUUAACGAUCAACUACCGAAAUUCGGAAUGGCUCCGCGAACGUGCAAUUUUAGCUCCGAAGAACGAUGAUGUUAGUAAAAUAAACGGUCAAAUUCAAUUGAAAAUUCCAGGAGAAGCAGUCGAAUAUAAAUCGAUUGAUACAGUAAUGGACAAAGAUCAAGCUGUUAAUUACCCAACUGAAUUUCUUAAUUCUUUGGAGCCACCUGGAAUGCCUCCUCAUUCAUUGGCGUUAAAAGUUGGAUCACCAGUGAUGCUUAUUCGGAACUUGAACGCGCCAAAACUGUGCAACGGAACCAGAGUGAUAAUAAAAAAAUUAACACCGAAUUUGAUCGAGGCAACAAUCAUCAGCGGUAAAUUCAAAGGCGAAGAUGUGCUGAUUCCACGUAUACUGAUGAUUUCCAACGAUUUACCGUUCGAAUUCAAGCGGCUUCAAUUUCCUUUGCGUCUUGCCUUUGCUAUAACUAUAAAUAAAGCACAAGGGCAAUCAUUAACUAUCGCGGGUUUGGAUUUGAAAAAUUCGUGCUUUUCACAUGGCCAAUUAUACGUCGACUGUCAAAUGGAAAAACUAAAAAUAUUGUUUAUCCCUUAG